GCCCUCUACAGGGACGUCAUGCGGGAGAAUUAUGAGACUGUGACCUUGCUGGCAGGAUUUCUGAUUUUCAAACCUGACAUCAUCUCCUGGCUGGAUCAAGGAGAGGAGACGUGGCUCCCUGAUCUCCAUGGAUACAAGGAAAGAGAGAUCCCAAGAAACACCCACACAGCAGGUGAUGGGACAGUGAGUGAGACUGAGGAGGAGAAUCUUGAGCAGGAAGGUGCUGAGCAAGUGGAACCACAGGGGACAGUAUCGGGAAGAGCUAAAGGGCAUGUUUCCCAGAGUCCUGAGGAUGGAGAAGACCAUGAGGGUCAGAGCGAGCAAGAGACAGAGCAAGGAAACCACUCAGAGGAGAGACAGGGUAAAUCAAGAGGAAUUAGGAAAAUCAAAGAAGCUGUUCAACAGAGAAUCCCCACUGGAGAGAGACCCUACACGUGUGGUGACUGUAGGAAAAGCUUCCAAUACAGAUCAGCCCUUAUUAGACAUCAGAGAAUCCACACAGGAGAGAGACCCUACAACUGUCUCGACUGUGGAAAAAGCUUCAGACAGACAUCAGCCCUUAGUAAACAUCAUACACUCCACACGGGGGAGAGACCCUAUGAGUGUCUAGAGUGUGGGAAAAACUUCCGUCAGAGGUUCCACCUUAAUAAACAUAAGAGAAUCCACACGGGAGAGCGACCCUAUGAAUGCCUCAUGUGUGGGAAAAGCUUCAGUGAGAAUUCACAGCUUCUAUCUCAUCAGAGAACCCACACAGGAGAGAGACCCUAUAACUGCCCCGAUUGCGGGAAAAGCUUCCGUCAUAGAUCAGUCCUCAUUGAACAUCAGAGAAUCCAUACGGGAGAUAAACCCUACAAAUGCAAUGAGUGCGGGAAAAGCUUCAGUCGGUACUCUCACCUUCUAUCACAUCAGAGAACCCACACAGGAGAGAAACCCUAUAAGUGCCCUGACUGUGGGAAAAGCUUCAGUGAAAGCUCAACCCUUAUUCAACAUCAGAGAAUCCACACAGGAGAGAAACCGUACAAAUGCAAAGAGUGUGGGAAAAGCUUCAGUCACAUCUCACACUUCCUAACACAUCAGAGAAUUCACACAGGAGAGAAACCCUAUAAGUGCCCUGACUGUGGGAAAAGCUUCAGUCACAACUCAACUCUUACUCAGCAUCAGAGUAUCCACACGGGAGAGAAACCCUACAAGUGCAAUGAGUGUGGGAAAAGCUUCAGUCGGCUCUCACGCCUCCUAGCACAUCAGAGAAUCCACACAGGAGAGAAACCCUAUAAUUGCUCUGACUGCGGGAAAAGCUUCCGUCAGAGGUCAGUCCUUGUUACUCACCAGAGAGUCCACACAGGGGAGAAACCCUUUCAAUGCCCAGAAUGUGGGAAAAGCUUCACUGUGAACUCAACCCUCACUAAACAUAGGAGAAUCCACAGUGGAGAAAGACCCUAUGAGUGUAUUGACUGUGGGAAAAGCUUCAGUCAGAAUUCACAGCUUCUAUCACAUCAGAGAACCCACACAGGAGAGCGACCCUAUAACUGCCCUGAUUGCGGGAAAAGCUUUCGUCAUAGCUCAGUCCUCACUAAACAUAAGAGAAUCCACAGUGGAGAAAGACCCUAUGAGUGUAUUGACUGUGGGAAAGGCUUCAGUCAUAUCUCACACUUUCAGUGACAUCAGGGAACCUUAUAAAUGCCCUGACUGUGGGAAAGGCUUGCGGCACAGCUCAGACCUCAUAACACAUAAGAGAAUCCAGAGGUCACAAAACCAAGAAUUGUCCUGGCUGGGGAAGGGCUAAGUGAAU